CGCCGGGAGGUGGCGGGAAGUUCGACAUGGCGGAGGCUGCUACUACCCCUUGGGAGGAGAAGUUGCAGCGGGUUACUACAUGGCUAAAGAAAGUAUUUGGGAAUCAGCCUAUUCCACAGUAUGAAGUGAAUGAGCAGACAGUUGAUAUCUUGUGUAAGCUUGCAGAAUACAACGAAGCCAGAGACACGGAUGUUUCUUUGGUGAUAGAGGGCUUGAAGGAGUGGUCAAAGGAAUAUAAAGCAGAAGCUGAGUAUCUAGAGCGCCUUCUCUCAGAAGAGCUGGGUCUUUCCAUAUUCAAGCUGUCCAGGGAAGGCACCAGCUACCUGGAUGCCCUGGUAAGCAGCGCAAUGACACUUGAAACGAAGGACACUUCUCUUGCCAGCUUCAUCUGUGCCAUCAAUGAAAGGACGUCAGAGCUGUAUACAACAGAAUCGGAAAACAGAGAAAUGGAACUGGAAUUGAAAAAUCUCAUGGAAAAAAUAACUACAGCGCUGAAGCUGGAAAGUCAGUUAGAGAAGGAUCUUAAAAAUACACAGGAACUUAUCACAGUAAAAAAGGCCAAAGUUGAUUGCAGAUCCCAGGAGUUGCAGUUCCUGAAUCUUAAAUGCCAAGAGUUAAAGAGAAGGAUCGAGGCUGCCGAGAUGGAGCUUGCUGCCACCGGGUUUAACGAGUCGCUGUCACACAAGUCACUGGUGAGCCUGUCUGAGAAACUGGAUAGACUGCAGAAAGAUAUUGUGCCACUGAAGAAAAAAGUGGACAGCUACCAAGAUUUACCUCCUAAUAUUCCACUUGCAAAAGUGAAGGUUGAAGAAUUAAAACGAGAACUGAAUUACUUGGAUGAAAAGUUCUCCGAGGAGCUUGAAGAGUUGACCUGUGACAUACAAAUGCCCAGCAAACGCUGGUGAAGUGGCCUGCGUGGAAGAAAGUUUCCCUUCUAUUGUCUGUUUAUUUGCACUAGUAAAAGAUUUUUUAAUUCUUGCUAUACUUCUGCAGAUUUCUGCCUCACUUUUCUUGCUGUUGGAUGGCACACUUGCAACCUUCCAGUAAGCAUGCUCGUUUUAGGAGUUCAUGUACCUUUGCACACAAUAACAAUACCUAUUUCUCAUAAAACAAUAAACAAAACCUAUUGUAAACAA